AUGGUGGGCAAGAAUGAAGUCGCUGAAGAGGAGAAGAAGGGUGACUAUGUCAGUCACUUGUGGUACUUCCAGUGGUUUUGCACCUACAGCCUGUUCAUUUUCAUGUUAGGCAUGUACGUUGGCUACAAGUACCGGGUUCGGCUUAGCAUUUUGGCUCGCACUGUCACACGCUUUUUCAAGCAAGAACUCGACAUGGAGAUGAGAAGACAGAAUGAUGAAAGAAUGUUCAGAGAAGGCAUUCUACAGGAAGCCCGUGCACAAGAAGUCCGAGAUCGAAGGAGUGGAAGAGACUUGCUUUUGAGGGCUCAGAUGUGGUCUGCUGCAGGUGGGGAAUGGCGAUAUGAAGGACGCACGAUCUUUCCAGACAACCCACUUCGACCUGCAGUACCUGACCGGCAACUUGAAGUUGAAUUGCAGAAUGAGACAAGAACUGAGCCAAGUGAAAGCCAAGAACAAGAUGCAGACUAUGAGUGGAUUGGUGAAUGGACGACCGAUUGGGAUCCUGUGCUCCAACGCAUGAGGGAGUAUCGAGUCCUGGCAGGAUCUGAAGAAGCAGAGAGUGGUGAAGAAUACUUCACAGGAAAUGAGACGACAGGGCUCUACAGACGAUAUAGACCAACAAGGUCUGAAAGAGAAGCACCGCAAAGUGGAACAGAGCAAGAAAACCCCAUCAAUGAUGAGAGCCAGAACAUGGAUGUGGACAUGGAAGAGAAUGAUGGAAGAACACACCCAGGAGGAGUAUGGUCAGACUAUGACCGACGUGAGCCACCAAAUGAUGCUAAUUGGGACGACAUGGAGACCAUCUACAAGUACUUGCCACCAGACGAAGAACGAAGAGGACGAAAAGUCCAAGAAGCUGGAAUUUUUCCAGAGAGCUUGUUGAAAGAAUUCCUCCAAGCUCGAAUCUCCCAGAUUCAUGGAAGCAAUGACCCACAAGCAGCAUUCGACCACGUGUUCAAAUGGAAUGCUGAAGAGAAGAAACAUUUUGCCAAUUUCGCCAUCAUGGUGAUGAGUGGGCAAUGGGAGUUGAAUUGGGACGAGCACUUGAGGCGCUACGUCGAAGAAGGAAAACGCAUUUGCUACUGCUUAACCACGACUACCACGACUACCACGACCACCACCACUACAGCUGCCGACGGCGUUUGGGAGUUCAGCCCGGAUCCAGGAACCUGCGAUGAUGUAUGCGGAGUCGACAACUGCGAUACCCAAAAGCAGGAACAACUUCAAGGAGCAGAUUUGGUGGCUGUGUCUACAAGCUUGGGCUCGCCGUGCACUCUUGACCCUGGUGUUAACUGGGCAGCUGCCCCUAUGUGGCGGGAGGGCACGUGCUUCCCUUAUGGGGGAGCGCCGGGCAACACCGCAUGUUCUGCCACAUCCACAUUCAAUCAGGGAAAGCGCAUUUGCUACUGUGUGACCACGACUACUACGGCAGCUGCCAGGGCUAGCACCACGACGGCGCCGAUCGUGUCUUUGGCAAUCAGUUAUGGUUCUUCCUCCAGAGCGAGCACCGCAACAGGCACAUUUCCUACCAGUGGAUGGCAGCUGAGUGCUCCAGGGGGCACCUGCGAUGAUGUGUGUGGAGUUGACCUUUGCGACAAGAAUGCCAUGGCCAGAGUGAAUGACGAUGCCACGGUGGCAUCAGUGUUGAGCAGUCUAGGAAAAACAUGCUCGACAUUUCUUGGGAGGAGCUCUGCAGGGGCUCCUUUCUUUAAAGGUCCAGAGCUUUGCACUUACUACGAUGGUGCAAGCCCAGCGGGGAUCGAUUGCUCAGACACCACCAAUCCUGGCCAUGAAGCUUUGUGCUACUGCAAGACCUCGCUGAUCCAGAUCGAGGAAGACGAGCACGUUGCUGACGAUAGCUCGAGCGAAGAAGACGACUUCCGCUUCCCCCCCCCCGAAGGAUUUCAACUUGUGCCAGUCUCUGCUGACAGCUCGCAGAUGGAUGCCGCGCCCUUCUCCAAGAUCGUCCGCUUUGAAGCCAGCUGCGCCAACCCAACGGCAUGCUAUGACAUUUACCGGUUUGGGGGAUGUGUUGCGCCCGGUGCACUUGGUGCAGCCACAGACCGGGUGUACUGGGGAGUAGUGACCCCGGACCGUGAUCGCCCAACCGUUCGUUGGAGGGAGCAGGAUCCUUCACCAGUUCCUUUAGCAGGACACACUGUGGUGGUGGCUGACCCAACCUCUGCAAUUGUUCUUGGUGGCCAGAGCUCCUGUUCUGAAGAUGCUACCUACCUGGACUUGACUUUUUUGUGGAGGAGGGCAGACGCAGGAUGGGUUAGCUUGCCUGCCAUCCCAGAGCCUUGCGGUCUGUCCUUUCACACCGCGAACUAUUUCAACGAUGCCGGCAACGUUGGGAUGGUGGUCUUGGGUGGUCGUCGUGGAACAUCUGGGAGCGCCUGCAGCGAUCCGACGGCUCCAAGAGUUUCGAACAAGGCAUGGUGGUUCGACCUUAACGGAUAUGUUUGGACGGAGAAAGAGACGGAAGGAUGGCUUGGUGUAUGGGGGCACGCGAGCGCCGUAGUGAAUCCAACUGCGGCUGGGCCUAAUCGGCUGUUUGUCCAUGGUGGCCGCACGGAGGAUGGAUGGUUAAGUCGUGUCUUGCGCUACUCUCCUCUUGCUGGCAUCUCGACACCCGGCACACCGUUAUUGCUGGAAAUGCUGUCAGACACAAGCCCCGAGCGGAUGUUUCACACUAUGCUGCCUUUCGCAACAGGGAGUUUAAAGUUGGCGGGAGGGGCGCGUCCACUAGAAGAUGUGUGGAAGCCUGACUACGCUUACUACCGCACGUACACCGCCUUGGCUACCAAGCAGAUUUCCACGGGGACUGUGUCGUGGAAUGGUGGUCUCCCCUAUCCCGAAACAACUGGUGUGUGGGGACAAGCAGGGUUGUCGUACAUCAGACGAAGCGCCAGCUCCGGUACCAGCUUCGGCAACGUGUUCAUGAUACUUGGAGGUUGCAUUGGAGAAUUCUGCGGCCUCACCAAUGCCCUCUAUUUGUACCGAAAUGCGUGUCAAGCCGCUCUAGUGACUCCAGUGCUUUUGUCACUGCUUGGCGCCUUAAGCUGGCCUGCUUUUGACUUUUGA